AUGGCCAAGGUUUUCUCAAAUAAUGAUGAAGGCCUUAUUAACAAAAAGUUACCAAAAGAACUUCUUUUAAGAAUAUUUUCCUUCUUGGAUAUAGUAACUUUGUGCCGAUGUGCACAGAUUUCCAAGGCUUGGAACAUCUUAGCCCUGGAUGGAAGCAACUGGCAAAGAGUAGACCUUUUUAACUUUCAGACAGAUGUAGAGGGCCGAGUGGUGGAGAACAUCUCGAAGCGAUGCGGCGGGUUCCUGCGGAAGCUCAGCCUGCGCGGCUGCAUUGGGGUUGGGGACGCCUCCCUGAAGACCUUUGCACAAAACUGCCGAAACAUUGAACAUUUAAACCUCAAUGGGUGCACAAAAAUCACUGACAGCACAUGUUACAGUCUUAGCAGAUUCUGUUCCAAGCUGAAACAUCUGGAUCUGACCUCCUGUGUGUCCAUUACCAACAGCUCCUUAAAGGGGAUCAGCGAGGGCUGCCGGAACCUGGAGUACCUGAACCUCUCUUGGUGCGAUCAGAUCACGAAGGAUGGCAUUGAGGCACUGGUGCGAGGCUGCCGAGGCCUGAAGGCCCUGCUCCUGAGGGGCUGCACACAGUUAGAAGACGAAGCUCUAAAACACAUUCAGAGUUACUGCCAUGAGCUCGUGAGCCUCAACCUACAGUCAUGCUCACGCAUUACAGACGAAGGCGUGGUGCAGAUCUGCAGGGGCUGCCACCGGCUGCAGGCCCUCUGCCUCUCCGGCUGCAGCAACCUCACGGACGCCUCUCUCACAGCGCUGGCUUUGAACUGCCCGAGACUUCAAAUUUUGGAGGCUGCCCGGUGUUCCCAUUUGACUGAUGCAGGCUUUACACUUCUAGCGCGGAAUUGCCACGACCUGGAGAAGAUGGAUCUUGAAGAAUGCAGCCUGAUAACCGACAGCACGCUCAUCCAGCUCUCCACUCACUGUCCUAACCUGCAAGCCCUGAGUCUGUCCCACUGUGAGCUCAUCACAGAUGAUGGAAUUUUGCACCUGAGCAACAGCACCUGCGGCCACGAGCGGCUGCGAGUGCUGGAAUUGGACAACUGCCUCCUCAUCACCGACGUGGCCCUGGAGCACCUGGAGAACUGCCGCGGCCUCGAGCGCCUGGAGCUGUACGACUGCCAGCAGGUCACCCGUGCAGGCAUCAAGCGGAUGCGGGCUCAGCUCCCACAUGUCAAAGUGCACGCCUACUUUGCGCCUGUCACUCCGCCGACAGCAGUGGGAGGGAGUGGACAUCGGCUGUGCAGGUGUUGUGUCAUUCUCUGACAGCAGCGUGGGCCCAACUCCAAGGAAGACCAGUCUUCCCCACCUGCUCCUCUGUCACCGAAAUCUGUCGGUUCUCCACUGGGAAAGGUAUUUACAGGUAAAAGACUUCUGUAGGGAUUGCAGUAACUGGUGAUAGUUCUGACCUUUAGUCUGCUGCGAUACAAUCAAGUCAAAGCCUCGUGUCUGUAAACACACGAUGGGAGUGGUCUCAGUACAGCCAGGACAUUGCAAGAAACCGAUUUCUUAAUGAGGUGGGUGUACCUCCCUAGGUACAAAGUCCUGCCCUGGGCUUGGUCAGCAUUCCUCAAACAGACCACCAGUGUUAGCACAAACCGAGCAGAAGACAAGCUGUUGACUUUCUGAUACUGAGGACAGUGGCCUACUUCAAUUCAUGACUAUUCCAUUUUGAUCAGCAGGGCUUUUCCACUUUGAAGAUUAAAUAGCAACUUUGUCAAAGUGACUGUACUGCAAAUCAUAACACCUGCUAGUUUAUAUAGAGAGAUGUAUAUGGAAGGCAUGGUAAGAAGUUUCUGUGACACACCAAAGAAAUGAGGACUCUACACCAGGUGGAGCAGGGUCUUCACCUCUGUUUCUGUCAACUUGUUGUAUACACUUUUGGGGACCAAAACCAAAAACUACACAAUCAGCUCAGAGUUCAUGUUGCCUGGUUGGAACUAUAAGCUCUGGCGUACACUACAGCACACAGUUUUAUUACAGGAGAAAAGCUAGUCAUGCCAUAUAGCUCACAAGAUUUGGGGGGGGGUCUUACGGCAAUAGGACUGAAUAAGGCUUAAGUUACCUAUAACAUAAUCAUUAAAAAUAUGAAAGGACG